GAUAGGCCAGGUACAAGGCUGUAUAUAUAUACCGUGUAGCCUCAGGUUAUGGGGCGCGGAUACAUCUAACUACGGAGUUAACACUGUCUAGUAAGACUUGGCAAAUGUAACUUAAGAUCGGACUUCACCUCAGUCCUCCCCCGGAGAUGUAAAUAUCAUGCCGGUCCGUAUUGACCUAUGGUUUCUGCUUCUUUUGUUGUCACACCUGUACCUGUGUCUCGCACAGCACUGUGACCUGGACUUCAUAAGGAUUCCAGGAGACAUUGUUUUGUCCACGAUCGCCGGUAUUCGAGACUCGCACGAUGGCUUGUGUGGCAAGUAUAUUCCUGGAGAACUCCAGACAGUCGCGGCCAUGGUAUGGUCAGUGGAAAAAUUGAAUGGCUCACCCACAGGAAAUUCUUACAUUCCAGGGAAAACAAUUGGUAUCGACAUAUCUGACGAUUGCAACCUCGAGAGGAAGGCCGUGAAGAUAACCAUCGACACGCUAAUUCGAGCAGGGUAUGAUGACGUUGGUAGCUGUUCCACAGCUAAACAAGCAUAUGAAAAUUCAACGGUGGUUGGUAUCAUCGACACAUCGACCAGCCAAACUGUCAAGGAAGUAGCCAAGCUAGCCCAAGGUAGCCAUUUACCUGUGAUAAGUUCUGCGGCCACUGCAGCUGGCUUGGGAAAUAACACGCUCUACCCGUCCUUCUACCGUACCGUCCCUUCAGAUACAGAACAGACAAAGGUCUUGCUUGAGACAGUAAAGCAGCUAAACUGGACAUACAUUGCAGUUGUCUAUACUACUGAUGCGUACGGUAUGGAUGGAGUGCACUUACUACGAAAACUCACAGCGGUCGAGGAAAAGGUGUGCAUUAUCACAGAGAAGUCGAUUUCGCCCCAUGAAAGGCAUCCGGAGACUGCAGAAGGUAUUAUUACAUCAUUGGCUUCCAAGCUUGGCAAAACUCGUCACAAUCAACUGGGUAUCGUCUACAUUGGUCAACUGGCCCAAGCCUCGCUUCUAUUGCGCGCGCAGCAGGAUGGCGCCAGAAAAUAUGAUAGGGAUUUCAAACGACUCUUCUGGGUUAUGUCCGAAGCGAUCGGACUCAACGAGAAUUUGAUUCCAAAAUCCAGUCAACAGGUAGACGGACUUAUUACGGUGGCUUUACCAUCAACGGUAUUAAAAGAAUUCAAGACAUACUUCCUUGACCAUCUGGAGAACGUAAUUCAGGGGAAGUCAGAUCAUCCACUUUCAAGAUUAUUCAAGAAGUAUGUGGAGACUUCAUACAACUGUGAAUUUGAUAACCCUCUAAACAGCUGUGCUCGCAUACAAAGGUCGUUUUUGGAGAAGAACUAUCAGCAGUCGGAUUACGUAGCCAGUGCAAUAGACGCUGUCUAUGUGCUUGUCACAGCCCUGAAGAAUGAUCCAUCAUCUUGUACUGGAGACCCAAUGUGUGUUCCGCCGUCUUUCAAAUACACAAGGCUUGUAAGGUCAUUGAACGAAACAACACUGGAUUAUUCCAAGAUUGAAGAAAAUUUUGCUCCGUACGAAUUCCGGCUGCUGAAGAGAGUCAUCAAAUUCGACGCUGCUGGGGAACUUAUGACAAACGAUAAGACAGUUUCGUACGAGGUUUACAACGUUUGGAAAAACAAGCACAGCAUUGUUGGAAGUUACACAAACAAUACACUCACCCUGGACAAAAACAAGAUUAAUGUAAGAGACCCCGAGUCUGGGUUAAAUCUGAGCGGCCAGAAUCUUCCACGGUCCACAUGCGGUUCGUCUUGCCAAGAAUGCAUCCCUGUGGAGGAUAUUCAGUUUUCCUACAUACCAGGCGAUCUUCUUUUGCUCGGUUUAUUCUCAUUAAGUGAAAAGAGUGAUGGUGAUUUUGAAUGCAGAGAGUUCCGAAGUAACACUGUUUCGUAUCUAACAUUUGAAGCAUUUGAGUACGCAAUUAGCGUUAUUCAAAGGAAGUAUCCGAUGCUGAAAUUCGGAGGGAUAGCUUUCGAUGAUUGUUAUAACCCUUUAAGAGCUGAAUAUAUUUUAUCCAACUUUUUGAGUGGAAAAUACAAACUAUUUGAUCAGAGAACAAACACCUACAUUGACCCCGACAAAGUCAUCUUGGUGAUUGGUUCCCUCUCCAGUGAUGUUACACUGGAAGUUGCCGACAUGCUCAGGCGGAUCCGCAUUCCCCAAAUAUCCUAUGGCGCUUCUUCGACUGACCUAGAUGACCGGGAAAAGUACGCUUAUUUCCUCCGGACUGUUCCUAGCGACAAGACACAGGUAAACGCCAUUGUAGAUUUACUCGAUGCCAUGAACUGGAAAUAUGUGGCUGUUAUGUACAUGGACAACAAUUAUGGCACAGAAGGAAUGAAGACAUUCAAGAAGUAUGCGAACAAAAGAGGUAUUUGCUUAGCUGAUACUGUCCCAAUAUCCAAGUCAGUUAUUGAAAAGAGCUUUAAGGAUAUUGUUUCUACUCUGCGCCGCACCUACGCCAAAGUUAUUGUUUAUUUUGGCAUUGAUACUCUAGCCGAAAAAGUGCUUGACAGCCUGCGAGACCGAGCUGAUGUAGAUCCAGGGGAAUUUCUCUUUGUUGCCACAGAGGCCUGGGGUGUCAACGAAGCCUUGCUGAAAGAAGGACGAGUAAAUUAUGCAAGAGGAUCUGUAGUGCUGCACUCUGACACAACGCUUUACGACAACACUGAUCAGUUCAAAGUAUUCGUCAGUCAGAAAGACCCAUUUACGUGCACUAAAUGUGACUGGCUAAGGCUAUUCUGGCAAGAUCGUUUCAGCUGCAAAUUCGAAGAUGGAUUCAUAGCUAAUAAACGAGAUCUUCCACUGUGUAACAGAAUAAACCAUGGGCGAUUCAAUGCCUCAGACCUUAACAAAUACAGCCGUGAUCAAAGAGUAGUGCACACGAUUAAUGCUGUUUUGGCAGGGGCGAAAGGCAUAGAAAAAGUGUUCCGAAAACUCUGUCGUGGAGAAAUAUGCUCACCUUCAUCCGUUUCGGAGAGAACGAUGAAUGGAGCUAAACUGCUCACCAACGCCAUUUCCCAGGUCACGUUAUCAUCCCAAGAGGAUGAGAAAUUAUUUGACGAGAACGGAAAUGGACUUAUUGGGUUCACCAUUUUUAACAUCCAGUAUUCAACUUCAAAAUCAGGCUAUGGUUACAUUGAUGUGGGGAAGUACGAGAAUGGUAAAUUCGUCUUGUACAAGGACAAGCUGGCUUUCUAUGACAUAUAUGGCAGUCGACAAUCUUCAGUUAAGUCUGAAUGCGUCUUGAAGAACCAGUGCUCAGAGUGUGAAAACCAAACCAGACCACCAACAGAAUAUACCACUACAAUGUCUGAAAACACCACCUUAUCCUCUACCAGUGAGAAUUUAGAAGGCGCACUUAUCGGAGUGUCUGUGCUGGCUUGCUUGGAAACAAUUUUAUUAGCGGUGCUAGUUAUCUUGUGCUGCGUUUGUAAAAACAGAAAACAACAACCUAAAGAAAGGCAAGGUGAACAAAGCCGUUACCAUGGCGAUGGACAAGUCAAUACUGGGUUUGCACUUAGCGAAACAGCGACCAUCAACCAUCCGGUCCUCGAAAGCAACGACUACCACCAAGAUGUUGAUGAUCCACUUUAUCACGAGAUCAGCCAUGGAAACCCCAUGAAUACUGUGCUCCAAGUUUCUACAUGGCUGGAGAAUUCGAAAACUCUCAGCGCAAGUGCAAAUUCCAGCAACUCUCACCCACUGGCUGCUAACUCAAGCGGGUUUUCUAGACAGACUUGUGGCGAUCUUGUGCCUACCUGCAUGUGCUCAAACCCGUCGCUCAAGUGCUUGGAAACGGAAUGCGGUUAUCUUCUUAUGUGUGUAAAGUGCCAAAGAAUUUCCUCAGCCCGGUUGUCACAAGGUGCUGUGUCUUCUGUUUGAUGCUGAAGUUUGGCAACACUAAGGUCUUCAUAGAUGAUCAAAUCUUCUGAAUGCUUUACUAGCAAUUAGUCAAUUCAUAACUAAACUUGUCCUGAAAUGUUCGCACAAACCAUAGCUAAAUGUGUUCAUGUCAUGGAUAAUUGAUACUUCAUUCAUCAUUCGCAAAAAGACUGGCGACUUUGUCCACUACUUAUAUGUAUUAGUAUACAAAAACUAGAUGAAGACCACUUUUGAGAGUUUUCCAGCUUGUUUCGCAUAUUUCACCUAUAUCACCAAUCAUCUCCACUCGAACUAUACCUAUGAAUCUUAAAGUGUAUGAGUUCGGUAUCAGCUAUUGAGCAUUUAGUACUAUAGGAUGGACGAUCCUCAUCAAACCUGUGCAGUGCACACCUGCAAUAAACCUAUACAUUUAUUAACAUUUGCUUGAUGUCACUUAUUAAAAAGUCGAAUUUCAGCAUCACAGUUAAUAGCUCACAGUUAAUUUUGUGGCAGCCUUGGAUUAGUUGUUCUUAGUGAUACUAGUAUUCUCUAUUUUGUAUAUUUGUACAGAACUGAUGCUCGUGAGGUUUUAUUUGGUGUAAUGCGUUGUUUACUGGUAUUAGUAAAAGCAGUAAUAAAACAGUUUCUUUUAAACGGCUGUUAGAAAAUCAUACUUGUUUAGAAAGCAGUACAGCAGAUUGAAAUGUUACCCGUUAUAAAUACAAGCAGCGGAUAUAUCGCUUGAUAACCUGGAUCAUUGAUCAUUAAAUGUUGACGACCUUGCUGAGUAAGGACAUAUAUUAAGUAACUCGUUGCCUCCUAUCAGUACGUGUCGGUACGGUAUAUUGCAUGUUGUCGAUGAUAAAGUUCACUCCCAAAAUGCCGGACUUGGUAUCGUGCAUUGCUUAAAAUGAAGAUAUUAAUGGAUGUAGAAACAAAGGUGUAUAGCCAUCAUAAGUGUUUAUAGAUUGUGUAUAUUUGAACGUUUGCAGGACAAAAAAAAAAAAGAAUGAAAUACUGUAGUGCUGAGUUCAUACCAUGGAGAAUUUUGCAUGUAAGAACAGAUACCCAAUAAACAACUGUUCUAGUCCACCGGUCCUACUAGAGCCAGAUUCAAGUACUUGUGAGGCAAAUAAGGCAUUUCUGUAGGGAACUACAAGUAUGUAGUAUAGUCUAAUAAACCGCCGAUGGUUAAUUUGAUUUCAUCCUAAAGAUCUACAACAGACUUACGGCAGAAGAUGUGUUAUAGGUUACAUAAUCACGAUUAUUUAUAUAUUGACCAUGUUGUUUAUAUGAUUCAUUACAUGUAUAAUCACAUUAUUUAUUUGUUAUAUUAUAUUGACAGUAUUGUUUGUAUUAUUUGAUAUAUGUAUUAGCCCUUAUUCAGACCGAUAGAAUUAUAUAAGAUAAGGUGUGUACAUGCACGUCACAGCAUGCACACACCAUUUCACUGUAUGUUAUUAAGUUAUAUUAUAUUCACAUAUUACUCCAUGUAUUACUUACUUACGUCACAGAGCAUACCACUGUAUUAAAUUAAUAAUGAAAUGUAUCUUUUGGUGUACAUGUAAAUCAAUAUGCCACACCUAUUUACUUAUAUAGAAUAUACCGUAUAUUUACCUACAUGUCUAAAGAUUGUAUGUACGCGCUUCUGUGGUCGGGAUACCCAUCUGUUACCGAGUCAUUAUGAAUGACUCGGGGUGGAGGAUUAACCCGAUUAGCGGGAGCGUACAUGUAUAGAAAGGGCCGCUCUCUAGGGCGCCUGUACAAGGUUACGGUCGUCCGUGGAGACAUUUGUUCUUGCCUGUUCUGUGAAUGCGUUGCCACGUUGGUCAGCUAUAAAGUCGGGCACAGAGUGGUAGGACUUCACUUCCACUUGUGUGCUCGAUAAUUGACUGACUGGCUUCGUAUUUCUUAUUACAGGUAAGUAACAGGUGUCCCAGCGUAAGACCUAUAGUUAAAUUGUAUUACAUGUACGUACUGAUUCAUAAGUACGAUUAUCUAAUAUUAUAUAAUUUACGGUUUGUCGAAUAUUAUUGUUAAAUAUUAAAGACAUUUAUAUACUUGUAAAUAAGCGGUGCAAAUGUUAUAUAAUAUUAAACAAUGUAUUACAUAAUACGGAUAUACAUGUAUGCACCUGUUUAUAUUAAUAUUUGUCUCUUUAAUAAAAGAACACUUCCACUUGUGUG